AUGCUCGAAGCGCAGUGGAAGCCAUGUUGGAGCUACAUUGGAUUCGGGCUGGGAUUUUUUGACGCCGUAUGUUUUUCUUAAAAGAAAACCAGUUUUCGUACUUUUGUCGGGGUUCGUCAGCCGGGCUCGAUUGUAAACGAUGAACUCCAGUGUCGACCUGUCCAGGCGGAAUCCGCAGGAGGAUUUUGAGCUGAUCCAGCGGAUAGGAAGCGGCACAUACGGAGAUGUAUACAAGGCUCGUAACGUAAACACAGGGGAGCUGGCUGCUAUCAAAGUCAUCAAACUGGAACCGGGGGAGGACUUUGCUGUCGUCCAGCAGGAGAUCUUAAUGAUGAAGGAUUGUAAACACUCUAACAUCGUUGCCUAUUUUGGCAGCUAUCUCCGAAGGGAUAAAUUAUGGAUCAGCAUGGAGUAUUGUGGAGGUGGUUCUCUGCAGGAUAUAUAUCAUGUAACCGGGCCUCUGUCAGAGUCGCAGAUAGCCUACAUGUCGCGGGAAACCCUGCAGGGUUUAUAUUACCUACACAGUAAAGGCAAAAUGCACAGGGAUAUUAAGGGAGCCAACAUCCUCUUGACAGACAACGGCUACGUUAAACUUGCUGAUUUUGGCGUGUCGGCCCAGAUCACAGCCACUCUCGCCAAGAGAAAGUCAUUCAUUGGAACGCCUUACUGGAUGGCUCCGGAGGUGGCAGCAGUGGAGAGGAAGGGGGGCUACAAUCAGCUGUGUGACAUCUGGGCAGUGGGCAUUACUGCAAUUGAGCUGGCAGAACUACAGCCGCCCAUGUUUGACCUGCACCCGAUGAGGGCUCUGUUCUUGAUGACCAAGAGUAACUUCCAGCCUCCGAAGUUGAAAGAUAAACUCAAGUGGACGAAUAACUUCCAUCAUUUUGUGAAAUUAGCUCUUACCAAGAACCCAAAGAAGAGGCCUACGGCAGAGAAACUGCUGCAGCACCCGUUCGUCUCCCAGCCUCUCAGCAGGACGCUUGCGAUCGAGCUGCUGGACAAGUCCAACAACCCCGACCACAGCACGUACAACGACUUUGAUGACGACGAGCCUGAGCCCGAGUCUCCGGUCUCGGUUCCUCAUCGGAUCCGCUCCACCAGCAGGAGCACGAGGGAAGGAAAGACCCUGUCCGAGAUAAACUUCGGACAAGUGAAGUUUGAUCCUCUUCUGAGAAAGGAGACAGAACCUCAUCACGAGCCGUGUGAUUCUGAGCCCUAUCUGGACUGUGUUGAGGAGCUCUACUAUACCGCGAGAUCUAAUCUGGACUUGCAGUUGGAGUAUGGCCAUGAUUCACCAAGUUUUCUGGCAGGAAACAAAAGCCUUCUCAAGUCUGUCGAGGAGGAACUUCAGCAGAGGGGCCAUGUUGCACACUUAGGGGAUGAUGAGGAUGAGGAUGAUGAUGGUGCAGAUGAUGAUGAAACUCACACUCACAAAUCAAGCACUAUCAAGAGGCCAAAGGAGCCACCCCCACUCCCUCCGAAGCCUAAGUCUCUCAGCUCCUCCCAGCACCAGCCUCAACACAAAAACGAUGAUGGCCAAUCGCACAAUGACGACGACGGAGGGGGAACCAUCAAGCGGUGCCCGGCCCCAGAGACGCCGAGCCCCGCCAAGGCGUCCACCAGCGUCCCCCCGCGGCCCCCGCCCCCGAAGCUGCCACCCCACCGCCGCAGCAGCCUAGGUAACGACAGCCCGCAGCGCAAAGACGUGGAAAGCUCUGCCCCAGAGGAUGAUGAUGAUGGAAGCUUUAGGCAUUUCUGGGAGUGGCUCCACACGCCUCACACAGAGGAGGAGCUGGAGGAGGCGUGGGAGGUGCUGAAGGAGGUGAAAGAGGAGCAGGAAAAGGAAGAGAGUAAUGGACUGAACUCUCCCCAUAAUGGUGAGAGAGAAAGUCCUGGAGAGAGGCAGUCCACCAUGCCCCCUAGUGUCCCCGUACGGAAAGACAAGAAGGAUGUUCCCAAGCCUAUCAGUAACGGUCUUCCUCCAACACCGAAGGUCCAUAUGGGCGCCUGUUUCUCCAAGGUGUUCAAUGGCUGUCCUCUGAAGAUCCAUUGUGCCACGUCCUGGAUCAACCCCGACACUAGAGAUCAGUAUUUGAUAUUCGGAGCUGAGGAGGGAAUCUACACGUUAAACCUUAAUGAGCUUCAUGAGACGACGAUGGAGCAGCUCUUCCCUCGGAGGUGUACGUGGUUGUAUGUCAUGAACAAUUGUCUUCUUUCUAUAUCUGGAAAAGCCUCCCAGCUGUACUCCCACAGUCUGUCCGGACUCUUUGAACAGGCCAGACAGCUGCAGAAGCUACCAGUAGCCAUUCCCACACACAAACUCCCUGAUAAGAUUAUCCCAAGGAAGUUUGCUGUUUCCAAUAAGAUUCCAGACACUAAAGGAUGCCAAAAGUGUUGUGUGGUCCGUAACCCGUACACCGGCCAUAAAUACCUGUGUGGAGCCUUCCAGUCCAGUGUCAUGCUGCUGGAGUGGGUGGAGUCCAUGCAGAAGUUCAUGCUCAUCAAGAACAUCGAUUUCCCGUUGCCAUGUCCGUUGGAAGUCUUUGAGAUGUUGGUGGUCCCGGAGCACAUGUACCCUCUGAUCUGCGUGGCGGUCAGCAAAGGAACCGAACUCAACCAGGUGGUCCGGUUCGGCACCGUCAACCCCAAUGCUACCUCCUCCUGGUUCACAGAAGCAGACAUGCCGCAGACAUGCGUGAUCCACGUCACGCAGCUGGAGCGAGACACUAUUCUGGUCUGCCUAGACAGAUGUAUAAAGAUAGUGAACCUCCAGGGCCGGUUAAAAUCCAGCCGGAAGUUGUCCGCUGAGCUCACCUUCAACUUCCAGAUCGAAGCUAUAGUUUGUCUUCAGGACAGUGUUCUGGCCUUCUGGAGACACGGCAUGCAAGGUCGAAGUUUCAAGACUAAUGAGAUCACGCAAGAGAUCUGUGACAACACACGCAUCUUCAGACUACUGGGAUCAGACAGACGAGCUGACGGUAGAGACCCAGACUCUGAGGACAGAGGCCGCUCUCUGCCCAGGGUGGUGGUGUUGGAGAGCCGGCCGACGGACAACCCCACAGCCCACAGCAACCUCUACAUCCUGGCGGGCCACGAGAACAGCUACUGAGUCCCCUCCCCCCUCCUGACCCUCGCACUUUCGCCGCAGCGCCGUCUAAACACCCAACCGCUACCGCAGACAAGGGAACGAUGACACGAGCCGGUAGUCACUUUCAUCCCAGCACCGCAGCUUAACCCCCUUUCGCCCGCCUGCUUGGUAACGUGACCGGGAGACUAGGAGAAUUUGUGAAUGCAGAUGUUUGCACCCUUUUAAACUGCAUCCGUGUGUGUGUGUGUGUAUGUGAAAGGUGUUAGUUCGGGGAGGGACUUCUCUUGGAUUUGUUUAUGUCAAAGCAGAGUCUAAACACUCGGCGUGAAGACGCAGCUUCCCACCUUUCCCUGCAAGACUGCACAUGGAGUAUAGAAACAUCCAGAAUACACACCAAUGCUACACUAGUUCUUCUUGUAAUACUACUGCUGUCUGUGCCGAAGCUUCAUAGAAGGGCCAUUAUGCCCCAGAAAUUCACCCCUGACCCCCUUUUGUCUUUCCUCCAUUUUUUUUGUUUUUUGUUUUAACGGUCCCUUUAUUUAUUGUGGCAUGGCGUAACUUUAUUAACAAGGACGGCUUUCUUCAUUUGUCGUAAAAUGUUUGUUUUAAAGGCCAAAAAAAAAAAAAUUCAAAAAAAGAAACCAGACUAAAAACUUUUGGUUUUUUUGCCACUUUCGCUAACGAUAAAACCCCAGUACCCGUCACUACACCACACAAGUGCUUAUUAAACCCUUAUUUAAUUCUUUGUAAAUACUUUUUUUUUUUUAUGGCAAAGUCAAACACUAAAAGAAAAAGUCUGGUUGUGUAUAUAGGUGUGUCAAUAGCUGCUCUGUCGAACCUUGGAGACACGAAGAGGAGUCCCAGAUUCUCAAAUUUCUUGUUUUUUUUAUGUUUGUUUUGUUUUUAACGUGUGGCGAGGUUCGGUUCUCUUCAGGUGGACGGCUUCAGUAAUCGGACAUUUCCCCGCAAAGAUAUCCCGACGAACACACGCAGGGUGCGGAUGCUCAUUUUCAUCCCGCAUGCAUCAUUUCCUGCCUCAUCACUUGGAGUUCUGCCCCCUUUCAGUUUUUAACGCUGUUUUAUUCAGAAAUAUUGCUCCUAUUUUAUGUUCUUUUUGUUAUUGUUAUUAUUAUUAUUUCCUUUUCUUUUAUUGAACCACUGGUAUUUGAAAUUUGCACAACAAGACGAAAUGUGUUUCAUAAGCAAAUGUGAUGUCAUGAUAGUGUGUGCCUGUAGAUGCAAAGUAUGAACAUGGAAGUGUGUGGUGUGCCGGUCUGGUUAUCAGGAUGAGGUCGCUUUGAAGGAGCAGCAACAAAUAAAUACAACCCAAUAAAUUAAUAAUUUACACAGAAAUAACUUUUGUUAGUUGAUCUCGCGAAAGGCGACUCGUAUCACCGACAACGAAAUACGCCCCUCCUUUUUGAUAUCGACCAGCCUACACCGUCACGCCCAAGCACUCUUUUCCGAUCUGUUCUCGUCAGUAGCAUCGAGGUUUCUGAU